AUGAAGAGACAAGCUGAAUUACAAAGUUUUAAAUCGUACAGCUCGGGCAUAAGAAUACUUUUGUUGUUCAUGGGAUUAUGGCCAGUAGAAAAUUCAAAUGUUUUUUACAAAUUAAUACCAUAUUUUCUUGGCAGUGUUUUACUCAUUGUAACAAGUGCAUCCAUGAAUUUUGCUAUUCAUUAUCAUUAUAAUUUAAUGAUUGCACUUAAAGGUGUAUCAAUAUCGUUGAGUUAUCUUGCCACAACAGUCAAGGUUAUAUGCUAUGUGAUCCACCGUAAAAAAUUGAUGAAACUUGAAAAAACAUUACAUGAAUUAUUAAGUGAACAAGAAAUUAAUAAAAACAAUGAUGAAUUAAUAAAAACAGCAUUAACACCAGUAUUUAAUUUUCGAAGAUUAUCGGUAUCUCUUAGUUUUUGUUCAUUUUCAGUUGUAACAACGUAUUUUUUAACACCAGUUAUAUCAAUGAUAAAACAAUAUAAAAAUAAUAUAAGACCAAUAAAAUAUUUACUACCAUAUCCAACAUUGUAUCCUUAUGCAAUUGAAGGUGGUAGUUUAUUAUGGAUAAUACAUUUUAUUAUUGAAACAUAUGCAUGCUUUACAUUAUUUACAAUAACAGCAAGUGUUGAUACGUCAUUCGCAUUUUAUUCGUCACGUGUCAUUGGACAAUUUCGUGUGUUAAGUAAUAAUAUUAGAAGUUUAAAAUUUAAAAGAAAUUAUGAAAAACGUAUUCAGGGUUAUAUUGUUCAUCAUCGUAAGUUGAUAACAUGCUGUGAAUUGUUACAAGAUAUUCAUGGACCAAUUGUUCUUGCAAUUUUAUUAACAACCGCAUUAAUUAUGUGCAGUUUGACAUUUCAAAUAAGUCAGAUGGAAACAAUUUCAGUAAAACAAACAAUUUUAUUUGUCGUUUAUAUUGCUGUUAAAUUAGCUCAAACUUGGGUCUAUGCAUGGUCCGGAGAAAUGAUUGCUGCUGAAAGUGAAGAUUUUAGAAAAGCUGUUUAUGAAUGUGGAUGGGAAACGAGCGACAAUAAAACAGUUAAACAUUGUAUAUUAUUUAUGUUGAUGCAAAAACCAUUAAUUCUACAAGCUUGUAAUUAUACACAAAUAUCAGCUCAAUUAUUUGUUGCGAUUUUAAAUACAACAGUUUCUUAUUUUUUUUUGUUACAAACAAUUAAUGAUGAUUGA